AUGCCUGCACAACCCUCGACUUCUUCUCCGGGAAUAAGUUACUGGUAUGGCAGCGCCAGUCUGCCAGACGCCCUAGAAGCCCUUCCACACGCCGCCUCCAAUCCACGUCUGAUGCGCCGGUCCUCGGAUGCUGCUGCACAGGCGAGUGGCAUUCAAAUCCAAGAGUCGUCGGAAUGGGACGACAGCCACAUCCCACUUCACCUCGACAACGCCCAAACCAAUCUUGUGAUUCGCCCGCCGGUCGCCUCGCCCGCCGCCAAUCAUAAGGCUCCGCUGGCGCCCAAGCAGGGCCUUGGCGGCGCCCUUGCCAAUGCUCGCGGACAGCAUCAAUCGCCCAUUGCCGGCACAUAUGCCCUGCGCACCCCUCGCGGCAAGAUUACCUCGAUAGCAUGCGAGAGCUGCAGGAAGCGAAAGUCCAAGUGCGACGGCGUGAGACCAAAAUGCAACACCUGCCAGUCCAAGAACCUCACGUGUGUGUACGACGUGGCCGAGGAUGGCAAGACAACGACCCAGCUGCGCGCCCACGUGCGCCGCCUGGCCAAGGAGCUCGAGGACAUCAAGUCGGUCAUUUCGCUGCUCGCCAUGGCUCCCAACCGCGCCUCGGCCGCCACCUGGGCCGCCGAGAUUGAGAAGAACGGCUUUGCCCACCAUUCGGCCGACGACAUCAAGAAGGCCCUGUCGAGUGGCUCCGCCCGAGACUCGCAUGAGCCGCGUCUGGCAAGCAGCCACGACUCGCUGGGACAGGCGUCCAGUCUUGCCGAGGGCGACUCGUAUGGAACUCCGGGCAGCGAGGCCUUUGCUGGCACCGCCCACCACAUGGGCACUUCGUCGUACGGCGAAUCCUCUCGGGACGAAAGUCGAGAACAGAGCCAUUCUUCGCUGGCCUUUUCGCACGAUGCCCCCCAAGUUGACCCCGCCGUAUCCAUGAACCCAUCCCCACUGAACAUGGACAUGACUGCCGCCGCCGACCCGCUGAGCAAGUUUGGCUUUGACUGCGCCUUUUACCGGAGGACCAAGCGAGACCUGCUUGCCAAUGGAUGGAGCGAAUCACAAAUCUUUGGCAGAUCCGAGAUUGAUGUCGACACGCUUUUGCUGGGCUUCAUGGAUCCCCAGGAUGCGCAGCCAGUCUCGACGUGGUGUGCCAAGACCUGCAACAGGGUGCUGCCCACAGCCUCUUUUCCCAUCAGGCUUGCCUCUACGUGGGUUUUGACAAAGAUGGUGCGGUAUCUCAUUUGGCCCACUGCCGAAAACCUGAAUGCCGGCCCGGAUUGGUUGAUGCCGCCAGUAGCAAGGCAGGAGACGUCGCCCUACGACCUGUUCAUCGACAUGAUUCCAUGGCCUCAGGUGCGACAGUUCCUUUACCAGUACCCCCAGAAAUACUCGGUCACCAGCUUCGUCGGCUUGAUCGGCAUCACGUGGCCGCACGCAGACGACGCGUGCCACUACUGGGACAUUGAGUCGGGAUACACUCGAAUAACUCCUCUCUUUGAAAGCACAAUCGCCGACUUGAACAACUGGACCAUGGAUCCCAAGAUUCUUGAAGUCAUGCCUCAGCUCGAAGGCCACAUUCCACUCAGGCCCGUCUCGUAGGCAUGCCGCAGUCGUUUUGGUCCGUUUGCGUUGCGUUUCCCGGCGUUUGGCUCCAAGACGGAAGUGGCGCAACCAAGUCUGGUUGUCUUGACGUCCCCAUGUACCAGCGCCUGUUGUAUAUCAUUAACUGUCUGCAUUCGUUAGUCAUUCCGCUGCAUUGCUGGCUACGAAAAUCAGUCGCACUGAGGAGCCUGUGGAUUUGCAUAUUGUCAAGGCGUUUGGGAGCAGAGAGGGUUCUUUCUAAUGUUUUCUCGGGGUUCAGUGGUAGACAGGAAUCAAAUGACAGAAUUGCCAA